AUGGAGCCCCAGGCUGAGAAGCCAGGAGAGGCGGACGGGGCGCGCGUCACACCGCAGCUGCUCAAGUCGCGCUCGGGUGAGUUCGCCCUGGAGUCCAUCCUGCUGCUGAAGCUUCGGGGUCUGGGGCUGGUGGACCUGGGCUGCCUGGGGGAGUGCCUGGGUCUCGAGUGGCUGGACCUGUCCGGCAAUGCGCUCACCCAGCUGGGCCCGCUGGCCUCCUUGCGCCGGCUGGUGGUGCUCAAUGUCUCCGACAACCGGCUGACGGGGCUGGAGCCGCUGGCCGCCUGCGAGAACCUUCAGAGUCUCAAUGCCGCGGGCAACCUGCUGGCCACCCCCGGGCAGCUGCAGUGUCUGGCCGGCCUGCGGGGCCUCGAGUGCCUGCGGCUCCGGGACCCCUUGGCCCGACUCGGCAACCCGCUGUGCGCCAGCCCCUCCUACUCCACGCUAGUCCGAGAGCUGCUGCCCGGCCUGAAGGUCAUCGAUGGCGAGCGCGUGACCGGGCGUGGCAGUGAGUUCUACCAGCUGUGCCGGGACCUGGACAGUUCCUUGCGCCCCGGCUCCAGCCCGGGCCCGAGAGCCGCUGAGGCGCAGCCCUGGGUAGAGCCAGGGUACUGGGAGUCGUGGCCCCCCCGGAGCAGCUCCAUCCUGGAGGAGGCGUGCCGGCAGUUCCGGGACACGCUGCAGGAGUGCCACGAGCUGGACCGCCAGGCCAGCGACAGCCUGGCCCGGGCCGAGCAGGCGCUCGGCCCUGCGGGCGCCGCCUCGUCCUUUGUGUUUUGAAUAUGCCCGUGGCCCGUGACAGCUGGACACGGGACCCUAGGGUUGGCACACUGCGGCCCGGCUGCCCAUGUCUCCUCUCCUGCCUUGGUACGCGUCUGUGCGCUUUAAUCACGCUGGCCACCGGGCCGCAAGUUGGGCUCUUUGUUUACCUGUGUUCCUAAGAGCAGCCCCUCCCUCCUACCCCCACCUCAAGGGAAGAUCCCAUACUGUCCCUCCACGCACUUCAAGGACACACCACCUCCGCGGCCUCUAGCAUGGGUGAGGACCGUCCUCGAGCAGCUGGUGGCGUGAGGCUGUCUGCCACCUGUGCUGUGCGGCUGGGGAGGAGGCUGCGUGCUGAGCCGCGUCCUCGGCCGCUGCCACCGUGGCUGCGCGGGUCUGAGACUUAAGGGAAGAAAGGCGCUUUUUCCUAAGGCUAAAGGUAAGAAAGGCAGGGCGCACUCAUCUGCUGUCCCGGCCAGUCCUGGGGAGAGGACGCGGCAGAGCACCGAAGCUGGCGUCCUCCACCCUACAAAGCUGCCUGUUCAGAGGACCCUCUGCUGUGGUCCCCCCUGUCCCAUGGGACCCUGGAGCCUUUGCUGCCCAUCCUCACCCUCACUGAUCCCUAUUAAAUCUUUCUGUUGGCGGAA